ACUCUUUUAAGGUAGUCUCCAUUUACUAGACAUGAAGGCGGUUGACAGAUGAUACAUCUGUGUACAUGAGGCCUCUUUGUGUCACAAAGAACAAAUUUUGAAGUGACACGACACAGAUCGUUUAAAGAGACAAAGAUUAUUAACAAUUUACAGAUCUGCAAAUAGGAAGACUGAGAUUGCAGCUACCUUAAGAAAACGAAGACUAUACCCGGAAGAGGUAGCGAACGAGAGCGUUUAGGCCUGCCGAAUGAUCUAAUGAAAGGAACAUAGAGUUUCUCUUCUGUAUGGUCAUCUGGACUGCUCGUAGUGAUGGCAAUCGCACAUCUGGCCACUGAGUACGUUUUUACGGAUUUUCUUCUUAAAGAUCCCCCGGAGUCCAAGUUUAAAGGACUACGCCUGGAGCUAGCAGUGGACAAGAUAGUUACAUACGUAGCAGUGGGACUGCCACUGUUGCUGAUUUCACUCGCCUUUGCUCAGGAGGUGUCCGUAGGUACCCAGAUCAGCUGCUUUUCUCCAACCUCUUUCUCCUGGAGACAGGCAGCCUAUGUGGACUCAUUCUGCUGGGCAGCAGUACAGCAGGCACAUGCAUCCCAGUCAGAUCCCCAUGGCACUCCCCUUUGGCUACACAAGUUCUUCCCUUAUGUCCUCCUGCUCAUGGCUGUCUUCUCGUAUAUCCCAUCUCUUUUUUGGCGCUUCACAGCCACUCCCCACCUCUUCGCUGACCUGGCCUUCAUCAUGGAGGAGUUGGACAAGAAAUACAACAUGGCCAUCAGAUUUGCCAAGAGUUUUUAUAGCAGUGGAGACACAAAUAGCAGUGAUGCAAAUGAAACCGUCUUCAAAUACCCACUGGCCGAGGAGUACCUGAAAACCAAAAAGCUGACUAGAGACUUGGUCAUCAAGUACCUUACCUGCAGGAUCACGACCUUAGUCAUUAUCAUCCUGGCCUGCCUUUACCUAGGCUACUACAUCCAUCUGGCUUCACUGACAGAUGAAUUCCGCUGCACCAUCAAGACAGGCAUACUCAAGAAUGACACAACUGUGCCCGAGUUCUUGCAGUGCAAGCUGAUAGCGGUGGGUGUCUUCCGGGUACUCAGCUUCAUCAACCUGAUUGUGUACAUCUUUCUAGCACCUGUCAUCAUUUAUGCCACCCUGCUCCCAGUGCGCAAGAGCUGUGACUUCCUGUCAGCUUAUAGCAUCCUGCCCACCUUCACAGAAAUUGACCUAACUAGCAACCCCUUCACUGAUUUUACCCUCUACCUCCUGUUCCUAGAAGAGAACCUCAGUGAGCUCAAAUCCUACAAGUGUGUGAAAGUUCUUGAGCUUCUGAAGGAAAACAACAAGGACAUGAAUAUGGUUGACAUUAUGAGGAACCUGGCUCAGGUCAAGAUGGACACCGUGGAUGGCAAAAUGUCUAAUGCAAACUGCAAAUCUGCUGAUGGCAAGAUUUCAGACCUUGAACUGCAAGUUGUAAUGGAUCAGUCUGGGAGUGAUGGAAAAAAAAAGGAUGGAAAGAAUCCUAAAGAUGGCCCUCUUCGCCAGAGGCUUUUGGAACCCCCCACUACAUGCUGACCUCAGGUUGUGGGCACUUAAAUGAUUGUGCAGAACCCUAUGCUGGUUUUGGCAUCCAUAUUGACUGCAUGGUGUGUUGUUGCAAGAUACUUCAGAAGACUUCACUAAACUAGUCUUACAGGUUGGCUAGGGACAAAGGUGGACAUGUUUGUGGUGUAGAAAAACAUUUGGGCUGUAAAAGUGCAUAUGGCCACUGGAGCCAAUGAUUUUGCUGAAAUGCCACAAUUUUGCCAAGAUGUUAACUUGAAUUUAUACCAUGUGAAAGUGCUCACCGUAGAAAUUGCUGACUACUGCCAAAGGUUGAUCAGCGUCAAUGGCAUUUCUAUGAGAAGCUGAUUCUGGACUGGUCAAUCAAGGCCCAGCUAAUCUGCCAUUGUGUCUGUACUGUUUGAGUGACCAUGAAGGCAAGGCAGCAGACUCUAUUGGCAGACGAGUUCCGAGUCUGGGAAAAAAGAAGAAUGGAACAGAAGGCCCAAUGAGUUUCCUUAUGUGGCUGCAAUCUGCUAAAGUAGUGUAUGUGUGAUUUUUUUUAAUGCUUAAACUGCAAAACCUGUGGUCACACUCUACUUCGGUUACUUGUGCCUUCAGGGAACUCUUGGUGUGGCACUUCCUGGACACACAGGUCUGUUUUUUCUUCUUGUAGCAUAACAUGUUAUUUACCCGUCCAUCUCAGAAUCUGUUAGGAAAGAGUGCCCCACUGCAUCCAGUGCAUUCAUUUCAGCUUUUUUAUUCUUAGUCACGUUUAAUGUUCUGGCCAGUAACGUUACUGAGUCAGAGCGAGCAUCCAGGAUCAACUGUGGCCUUUGAUGUACUGGUGCUAAUCUCCAUAGUGCCUGCCGACUGGAUUAUUGGGCCUCACCUCCCUGUGUAGGGAUGGACCACUGGUUCUUAUACUUUUACACUGGAAAUGGAUCGAUCUCAGGGAACUCUGAGUCAAACCUCACUGUGCUAGUGGUACUCCAUACUCGGGAACUGCUCACUCUUUGCUGCACUGGUGGUAGGCUGCUCCUACUGUAGUUCACACGGCUCGUUCACUGUUUACACUAUGAAGAGUUUGGUCCCAGUGACCGAUGGCUCAUUUUUUUUAAUAUUAGUCUUCUAAACUGUCCUCAUUCUCUAUCUCUAUAGCUACAAAUGUAUCCCCAUUGAAUUUGUACAUUGUUUAUACUGAAAGGUUUGGUUCCUCUACGCACUGGGCUUGUUCUCCUUUUAUUGGUACUGGUUUGGCUUUAGUGUUCAUUGGCCUCGCUCUUUCUCUUUAUGUUGGCGUAGGGUUGGCCCCAGCAUGCACAGGGUUUAUUAUCUCUAUAUACUAGUAAUGGGAUAAGUCCUAAGGUACACUGGGCUGCUUUCCAUUUACCUCGGAAGUCAGAGGUUACAUCCGAGUUGACUUUGUUCCAGUAAAACAUUCAGAAAAUUAAAAUGGAUGCCUCCAGAAAGACAUUUCUUGUGCUCGUUCUUUCAGAAUAAUGACAACUACUGAACAAGUUUUGUGCAUCCAAACAUCGUAGCAACAUGUGCACAGAUAGACGGUGAGCAGUACUGCGUGUACCACAGAUUUAAUGAGACACAGACAGAAGUGCUAACCAACAGUAUACUUGUAAUAUUACAGCUUUCACUUCUGUUGAGGUGUGGUGUUGCCAUCUUGGAUUGUCAGGUCAGGGUUGGCGAGGCUCUCUAGAUUUUGGAAAUCUGACUUGUGGAGACAUUCCAGUUAAAACUUCCUACUGGGAACUCUUCCGAGUUAACUCUGACUUCCCAGUUCAAGUGGAACAUAGCACAUUUCUCUCUUGAGAUUGGUUUUGCCACGGUGUACAACAGGUUUGUGUUCCCUUAUAUUAGUGUGGGUCUGUUUGUAGGGUAUACCCACUCUGUCUGGCUCUGGAUGCCACUUUGGACCCAAGCUAUAUUGGACUUGAUGUCUUUCUGUGUCAGAACAGGUCUAGCCCUAGUAUGCAGUGGGCUUGUUCUUUGGAAGUAGCUGUGAGCGUGAAUCAAUGUGCAUAGUAUUUUGGCUUUUUUACUUUCAGAGUAUAAGGGAAAGUA